GACAGCAUGGAGCACAAGAUCUGCCUGUAUGAGCUCUCCGACUUCAAGGGCAACAAGAUGGAGAUCCAGGAGGAUGAUGUGCCCACCCUCUGGGCGCAUGGCUUCUGUGACAGAGUGGGCAGCGUGAGAGUCCCCGGAGGAGCCUGGGUUGGAUACCAGUACCCUGGAUACAGAGGCUACCAGUACCUGUUUGAGUGCGGUGAUUACAGACACUACAACGACUUCUGCGCCUUCCAGCCCCAGAUCCAGUCCAUGCGUCGUAUCAGGGACAUGCAGUUCCACCAGAGAGGAUGCUUCACCUUCACCUCCGCCAGCAAGUGAGCGACGCCCGCUGGCCGUCUGGUGCUGUCGUAGCCAUGCAGCCCUCUCAGCUUUUUAUUUCUCCAAAUGCCCCCCACACCCCUCCCCUUUUUCUCCAAUCCUUUCCUAAA